CCCUUUUGUCAUAAUUUAAAAACAGAAAAUUUGAAAGACUUUCUGAGAUAUUUUGUCUAGUUUUGAAGAAAUGUUGGCGAUAUUUCACAAGGCUUUUGCAAACCCACCUGAGGAGCUCCACAGUCCUGCAUCACAAGAUGGUUCCAAGAAACCCAAGCUCCCUGAAGAAACCCUUCAAGGAUUCCUCUCUCGACAUCCUGAAAACACCUUCUCAAUGAAUUUUGGUGAAGCUGCUGUGCUUGCUUAUGUCUUCCAUGACCAUUCUUGCUCUCCUCAUCAAAGGUUGUUCUGUGGGUUUGAUGACAUUUACUGCUUGUUUCUGGGGAGUUUGAACAAUCUGUGGACACUGAAUAGGCAAUAUGGGUUAACAAAAGGGGUUAAUGAGGCAAUGUUUGUGAUUGAAGCAUAUAGAACUCUUAGAGACAGGGGGCCAUACCCUGCUGAUCAGGUUGUCAAAGAUCUUGAUGGAAGCUUUGCCUUUGUUGUCUAUGACAGCAAGGCUGGAACUGUCUUUGCUGCACUGGGCUCUGAUGGUGGAGUUAAGCUGUAUUGGGGCAUGGCAGCUGAUGGGUCUGUGGUGAUCUCUGAUGAUGUGGAUGUUAUCAAAGAGGGUUGUGCCAAAUCAUUUGCUCCAUUUCCAAUAGGGUUCAUGUUUCACAGUGAAGGAGGUCUGAUGAGCUUUGAGCAUCCAAUGAACAAGAUAAGAGCAAUGCCAAGGAUUGACAGCGAAGGGGUGUUGUGUGGAGCCAAUUUCAAAGUGGAUAAAUACACAAGAGUGGACAGCUUACCAAGAAGAGGAAGUGCAGCAAAUUGGACAGAGUGGGACUCUCAUUAGACAAGCAAGAACUGCUUAUGUUGUUUUGGUGUGUCCCAGGAUUUGAGUGCGUGUAUAUUGGGAUUUCUUUUCUGAGUGUUUUAACUACCUUUUAACAUGCCAAUAGGUUCACAGAAUAAAGAAAUAAAGGUUGCAUUCUGCAUCAGUCUUGUGAUAAAAAUGAUAAGAAACUUGCUUUAUUUUAUAAGGUUCUUUCAUUGAAAGACAAAUCAAAGAGUUGGAAAAGUUACACUU